AUGGCUGCUCCGAGCCUCCGAUCAUAUUAUCAAUCCAUCCUCCUUCACUCGUCUUUCUUAACACCUCCUCUACCCUCUAUGACAACAAAUAUGUCCCGUCCGAUCCUCUCAACAGCCGCCCGCCGGCUCUCUCGCUCUCAUUCGCCUCGCACCGCGGUUUCUGCACUUUCCCCGGCAACGUUGCCGACAUUGAGCUUCUCCGCAUCUUUCUGCGAUACCGUUUCCCAACGAUCCACGCUCCGGCCUAGAUUCCUUUGCCCCCGGGCGAGCACAUCCUCACCGCGAUCAGUAUUCCGCUUUGACGCUUUCGGGCAGCGCUCUUCCUUUUCCACCUCGAGUAUCCGAUCAGCUACCAAGGUGCUACAAAACCCGAGGGUUGAUGAAGAGGGAAAGGACUUGUUGAUUAGUAUCUCGCCGAGGGCCGCGGAGCGUCUCCGCGAAAUCACAGAUCCUUCCUCAUCCCCCUCCAUCACCAAGGAAGAAAACCCCUACCACCAUCUCCGCAUCACCGUCACAAGCGGUGGAUGCCAUGGAUUCCAAUACUUGAUGUCCCUGGAGGCCGCAUCCAAGAUCGACGCGGAGGAGGACACUGUUUUCGCAGCCGAGCCUGAGGAGGGAGAGGCAGAGGUAGCAGGUGCCGGAGAAGCUAAAGUAGUCAUGGAUGAGCCAUCGCUGGAGCUUCUUUCGGGCAGUACAGUGGAUUAUACGAUGGAGUUGAUUGGAAGUCAGUUCAAGAUUGUGGACAACCCGCGCGCAACGAGUAACUGUGGGUGCGGAACUAGUUUUGAUGUUCAGGAUUGAAUGAGGACCCAACUAGAUAGGCCUAUCAUUCCUGGACACAACCAUCCUAACUGUAUAUGUGUAUCAUACUAGAAUAUGAGAUAGAGUAAUGCUAU